ACAGCGUUGAGAGAACGAAAACUGACAGAGAAAGUAGCAUGCGAAGAGCGUUACAUUGUGCAGGCAUAGCAUUUUCGUAAGCUGUAUUGGUUGCUUGAGAGGGUCAAGUAAACGCGUUUGUUUUCAUCGGCUGUGUGCGCCAUGGCUGACUAUUGGAAAUCAAACCCCCGGCGCAUGUGCGACGUUUGUAAGGUAUGGAUGGCUGACAACAAAGUGUCUAUUUCUAUGCAUGAAGGUGGGAAAAAACACAAAGAAAAUGUGCAGCGACGUAUUAGUGAGGCGAGGAAACGUGGAGUGGAUGAGAUUCAUGAAAAAGAUGAGAUCCAGAGGCAAUUGGCCGCAAUGGAGAAAGCUGCCCUGGCUGCUUACAAAAAUGAUGUACAAAAUGACCCGAUGCUGGCAAGCACCGGUGGUGCGUCCACAGCUCGCCAGCAUUUCUCUAUACGCCCUGCACGUAGCCCCGGUGACAGUAGUCAGCUGUCCGCUUCUGUUGAGUGUGAAGCAAGUGGAAACAAUGCGGACGCCGCUGAGGCCGGUGAUGAGGUCGGCGUCGAGUCUGCUGUAAAUAGGCAAUGGAGUGCGUUUAGCACCGAAGAAGGCUACGUGUAUUACUACAAUUCCGCAACAGGGGAGACGACAUGGGAGAAACCCGCUGGUUUCACGAGCAAUGCUGCUCCGGUGGUGGUACCUGCGGCGGAAGAGCCUGUUGAUACAAGUGACAGUAAAACUGAUCGUGUCGACGACAGCAAGGAUCCAAAGAGUACUGAUAGUAGCGGCACCGAGACCAGUAAUGCUGGCAGUGCUGACUCUGCUCAGGCUGUACCCAGUGUGAAAAGUGUACUGUCGUCGGAGAAUAUCAGCGUCGGUGAAAAGCGCUCUGCUGCGAAAGAAGAGGAAGUUUCUGGCUGGUCGGCCUCGGGUGCGUUGACCACUGAUCUGAAUGAUAGUGCUGUUGCUGAUGCUGCUGAUGAUGCUUCUGCGGUGAAGAGUGAGGAUAGCAAGCCAGCAUGUGCGAAGGCUGAACCAGGCGGUGGAGGAUUCUCGAAGAAGAAGCCAUCUUCAGCUCGAGACAGUGUUUUUGGCAGUUGGAGUUCUGUGAAAGUCAGUGCUGUAACGUCAUCCAGGCUACGUAGUAAUGCCGAUGCCGAUAGUUCAACUACUGCUGCUCCUGCUGCUAGAACAGAAGGCUCCUGCUCUGGGUCACAACAGACUACUGCGUCAUCAGAUAGGCAUGUAGAUGCCAGCAACACUGGCGAUGAUGACGAUGAUGGCAUCGGAGCUGGCCUCACAUGCCGCGACGAGGAGGAUCACCAGAAUCGUUUCAAGUUCCAGGAGAAAACCCUGUCAACGGCCAUUGCAGACGGCACUAGUGCGCCUUCAUCUUCAUCCUUUGGAAUGUUCAAGAAGAGGAAACGGGCCGGUGGGCGCAGGGAGAGGGCUGGUGAUGACUGAUGCCAUUGGUGCUCUGUCUUGUUUUUAGUUUGUCUUUACUUCCGACAUAGGUUUCCUGCACUACUGUAUAUGCGUUUUUGGCUGGUCCAUCAAAGUAGCAGGCUGUUUAUUCAUAGGGAAAUUUCUUCUCUUUUUCUUUUCUUUUUUCUUUUUUUUCUGACCGCUCAGAAUGUUGACAACUAAUACUUGAUGCUCCAUUUUUAAUCAUUGAAGGCAUAAUAGCUUCAAGGGUAGCUUCGCUGUACUGCUGGUUAGUAUAGCAUGGUUUAUUUUAUAAAGUCCUUCUCAUAGUUAUGUAUUGUACUCCGUGUGACAAGCUGUACAAGUAGUUAAAUAAAGACGUUGACUGAUCUCCAACUGA